AUGUUGUCCCUGUUAACUUCUUCCAUGCGUACACUGGUGGUGCGCCAACAGUUCACCGCCGAGGCACUGCGUACCCUGAAUACCACUGCCGUGUGUGAGGCUGCCCGUAAGGGAACACGCGAAAAGGCACGCAAGAAGAAGGUAAAAGUUGAAGUGAAAAAAGUCGGUUUCAUACCACACAAUGAGCGGGACAGUAAAAUAAAUUUGUUACGUGAAAACAAACAUGUUGACGAUUCAUGGAAGCAGGUCUCCACCGACAAUUGUUAUGUUAGGAAAUAUUAUCGCUGGCCCGUUUAUACAGUGGCCGAAGCCAUACAAUGUCAUCGUGAAACCCAUCAUCCCACAAUGUAUAAUGAACCGAAUGCACCACUUGUAGUUCAUAUUGAACUGAAUAUGAAGGCAGAAAAAUCGACACGUUUUGUGGAUAAUUUUCAACGUAUGGCUAUGAUGCCGCAUAAAUUCGAUCAUGGCGAGGAGAGAAAGAUUUUGGUCUUCACCAAGGGUAAUGACGAAAUUGCCGAAGCACGCCAGGCUGGCGCAACACUUGUUGGUGGCGUCGAACUCAUUAAGGAUAUCACCAAUGGCGAACUACUACUUACCGACUAUCAAUAUGUCAUAGCUCAUCCAAAUAUAUUACCCGAAUUGGUUGCCUUGCGCGGUCUAAUGAAACGGAAAUUUCCCAAUCCGAAAUCAGAAACGCUCGGUACAAAUCUAAGUGAAAUGAUUCGCCGCUUUGCCGAUGGUAUCAGUUAUCAGGCCUUUAAAGAUGAACAUCAACAAGAUUUUGGUUUGAUUACCACAACGAUUGGCACCCUCAAUAUGGAUAGUAAACAUUUGGAAGAGAAUUUGCGUUCGCUGUUAAUGGAUGUGAACAGUGUUAGACCGAAACGUGAUGGUCGUUUUAUAACGCGAGUUUUAUUGAAGAGUCCACCCAGCAGUGAACAAUUGAAAAUUGAUGCAUUUUUGUAUGUGCCAGAAUUGUAUGAGAAAGGUAGUAGUGGCGGCGGCGGUAAUAAGAAAGCCACGAAAACUAAAACCGCCACAAAAGAAGUCGAUGAAGAUGCAGAACCAAAGGAUGAGGAAGAUGACGAUGAAGUUGAGAAGAAAAAGAGAGCUGUUAAUUAA